CAACAAAACCAAAGAUCUACCAAACACAAAGACCUAGAACAAGUUAUCAAGCUCUUGAAGAUGAAGAAGCACCGUACACCCAGUUUCUGUUAAACAAACUGACCUUCUUCUCGAAUCAUUGAUUUCACUACCCUAUAAUCACAUUAUUCUCCCCAAAAACCCCUCACCCAUUUAUUUUAAUUUUAAUUUAAUCUUACCUUCCAUAUUAACACACACACUCUCUCUAGAAUAUUCGAUUAAUUAGUGAUAAAUAAACUCAAUUAUUAUUAUUACUAUUACUAUUAGAUAAUAAUAAUAACAAUAAUAACACCACCGUUACCCUUUUUCUUCUUCUCCUUCUCUACCCUAACGGUUACCGUCACAUAUGGGCGAAGAAACACAACUUCAACCACAAUCCCUAACCGGAACUCAAAUUCAACCGCAAUCUCAGCCACAACUGGAGGUUUCGGUUUCGGUUUCUUCCGAUCACAUCAUCAACGCCACCACCGUCGUCGGAGUCGACGGUAUUAUCCCCGUUGAGUCCGAACUCAGCAAUGUUCCUCCACACACAAACUCACCGGCAACCAAAAUCCCUCUCCGUCCUCGAAAGAUCCGGAAAGUUUCUCCGGACCCGACAACCUCCGAAUCGCAAACGGAAAUCCCUAAACCGGUCAAUUCCGGUGGGAAAUCGAAUGGACGGGGCAACAGCAACAAAGCGGUUCAACAACAACAACAGCGAGAACGAGCCCUAGCGCUUCCGAGGAUUGUUGCUAGAUCGCUUUCGUAUGAAGGUGAGGUUGAGAUGGCGAUUCGUUACCUUCGUACUGCUGAUCCGCUGUUAUCUCCUCUCAUUGAUAUUCAUCAACCGCCUACCUUUGAUAGUUUCCAUACUCCGUUUCUUGCCCUAACUCGAAGCAUUCUUUAUCAGCAACUCGCGUUUAAGGCUGGAACUUCGAUUUAUACGCGAUUUAUUGCUCUCUGUGGUGGUGAAGCUGGUGUUGUUCCGGAGACUGUGCUUGCUUUGAAUGCUCAGCAGCUUCGUCAAAUUGGGGUUUCUGGGAGGAAGGCGAGUUAUCUACAUGAUUUGGCUAGGAAGUAUCAGAAUGGGAUACUUUCUGAUUCCGCCAUUGUAAAUAUGGAUGAUAAGUCGCUUUUUACGAUGCUGACUAUGGUGAAUGGGAUUGGGUCUUGGUCUGUUCAUAUGUUUAUGAUAUUCUCGCUGCAUAGACCGGAUGUUCUUCCGAUUAAUGAUCUUGGUGUUCGGAAAGGGGUUCAGAUUCUUUAUAAUCUUGAUGAUUUGCCUCGGCCGUCUCAGAUGGAGCAGUUGUGUGAGAAGUGGAGACCUUAUCGGUCGGUUGCUUCGUGGUAUAUGUGGAGGUUUGUUGAGGCGAAGGGAACUCCUUCGACGGCAGUGGCUGUUGCUACUGGGGCUGGAUUGCAGCAGCAUCAGAUGGAGCAUCACCAACAACAGCAACAGCAGCAGCAGCAGCAUCCUUCGCAACAACAGCUUAUGGAUCCCAUGAAUGGCAUGUUUAAUAUUGGGGCUGCCUGUGCUUGGGGACAGUGAUCGCUGAAGAAAUUGAGGAAGUUAUUAUAAUCAGACUUCGCCUGCGCUUGGGCACUCAUAUUUGCGAAGCUAUGCCAUCAUGCAUACUUAAGGAUAGAUUUUAGACCGAAACUUGGAUACUGCAUUGAAGGAUUAGUGUAUGAUUUACCUUGUGUUUAGUAAAACCUGUGCAAGAUUAAUAAAGGCUAGUCCUUAAUUUUGUUUUGUUUAUUGCCAAAUGUAAUGCAUGUUCAGAGGCCAAUUUCAAGUUGUCAAGUCGUUGUUUGGUAGGUAUUGUGGUUUGGACUUCUGACCUUGUAACUAAUGUAUGAGUCCUUAUUUCAUGUCGCGUUAGUGCA